GCCAUCUGCCUGAUGGAUCGUGGAGGUCUCCAUCGUGGAAUAUGCCUACUAUGAACUAUUCAUACACUCUGUCAUAUUCAUUGAAUGUAUUUUAACUCUAAAUCUGUCCUUCUGUACACAUUACAUCUAUUGCAUCUGUCCAUCCUAGGAGAGGGAUCCUCCUCUGUUGCUCUCCUCCAGGUUUCUUCCCUUUUUUUCCCCCUGAAGGGUUAUUUGGGAGUUUUUACUGGUCCGAUGUGAGGUUUUGGGGCAGGGAUGUCUAUGUGUACAGAUUGUAAAGCACUCCGAGACAAAUUUGUAAUUUGUGAAAUUGGGCUAUACAAAUAAACUGAAUUGAAUUGAAUUGAUGUUCUGUACAGUUAAUUGUAGGCUUGAGUAUAGCCUGUUGUAGUAAUGACCCUCGACUCAAGGAAAGAGAAAGCUACAGAGGGGAGCGCUGGGUCGAGUUGUUUCUGCCACUAACGUGUUGUUUGUCCAUGUGACGGUAUGAGUUCAGUCUGGAGAACUGGGUGCUAACCGGGCUACAGAGUGGUUUCACCAGCCAGCAUCGGCCUCCGCUCUCCUCUCCAUCCGGACUGCAGCCAUCUUGUCCGCCGUACUGGACGAUGUUCGCCAGCCCGCAGCAGAGCCGCCUGGCCAGCCGCCACUGCUCUGACUUCUGGGAGCCCAGCAGCCUGCCUCACCAGCUCAGGAAGAACCUUCGACAGUGCUCCUUGUCCGUGCUGGACACGUUCGAACAGCACGGUCCCAACACACCGUCCUCAAACACGGCCGCCAUCAGAAGAGCCCCCAACAACAGGGCCCCCAACUCCAGAGCCCCCAACACCAGAGCCCCCAACACCAGAGCCCCCAACUCCAGAGCCCCCAACACCAGGGCCCCCAACUCCAGAGCCCCCAACACCAGGGCCCCCAACACCGGAGCCCGCAACACCAGAGCCAAUACAGUGGACAUGCUCCCCAACAUGAGCAACCACAACGCCACACACAUGAAGUCUUCUGGUUCGGACUCGUCAGCUCUGAGUCCAGAGGAGAGAGAGCUGCUGGGGGCCAUAACCGCCCGGGGCUACCCCCUCCGCACCGCCAUCAUCGCCCUGCAGAAGACCGGCCGGCAGACCCCAGAUCAGAUCUUGAGUUACCUGGUGGCCUGUGACCAUUUGUGUCAGCUGGGUUAUGAUGCGGCUCUGGUAGAAGAGGCUCUGGAGAUGUUUCAGAACUGUGAAACAAAGCCGGCCUCAAAGGAAACGUCUUCUAAUCUUCUUCAGCAUUAUCAAAUGAGACGAGUGAGAUAAGUAUGUGAAGCAGAUUGGUGG